UUUAGCCUCGUCUUUCGCCGUCAGGCCAAAAUGGCAUCGUCUAAUUACACCAAUUGCUUCUUCGAAAAGUUCAUUUGCAGCUAAACUGAGAGGGGAUUCAUUAUCGCAGAAGCCUUUUAAACCUUCUGAGCUGGCGAAGAAAUGGGAAAGGAUACCAGAAGGAUUGCGAACAACUAUUCCUCCAGAUUUUAUAUAUAUUAAAAAAAGAAAAGAAACCUUUAAGUCAAUAGCAAAGCAGUUAUACUUUGAGGUUGUUAAUUACAAGAUUGAUAUUUUAAACUUUAUAGAAGAUAAAAUUGAUAGUUAG